UACUUUGUCUGUUCUAGCAGUAGUAUUUUGUCUGCGCUCCCAAGCAUUCAUUCAGUGUACAGAAUUAACGUUACCCUUUUGGUUUUGUCUUCCUCACCAACUGGAUUUGUCUAGUGUUCAUGUUUGGAUAUCUGAUGAGCCUAUGUUUGGUUUUUGGUUCUGUGGCUGACACCAAACUGAUACUUCUGAUUCUGCUGAAUACACUUUUGGGUGAUAAGUACCAGGUUUUGUGACCGUUAAGGGUAGAGUAACCGAGGAGGUUAUUGAACUGAGCAAUAAAUGGCUUCAACUGGGUUUGAUGAAGAUGGUGAUAACAGAGUCGGUAUUUGGGAUUUGGAUAAGAAGAUUGACCAGCCAAUGGAUGAAGAAGGUGAAAGGCUCAAAAAUAUGUUCAGAGAAAAAAAGCUUUCUACACUGUUGCUUUUGCGGCUUGCAUAUCAGAGUCUUGGUGUAGUUUAUGGAGAUUUGGGCACUUCCCCCUUGUACGUUUUCUAUAACACGUUUCCUCACCGAGUUAAAGAGCAGGAGGAUGUGAUCGGAGCUCUUUCUUUGAUUAUAUACUCUCUUACGCUGGUGCCACUGCUCAAAUAUGUUGUCAUUGUAUUAAGAGCAAAUGACAAUGGUCAAGGUGGAACAUUGGCUCUUUAUUCCUUGCUCUGUCGACAUGCAAACAUUAAAACCAUUCCCAAUCAGCAUCAUACAGAUGAACAUCUAACAACAUAUAGUCGAUCAACCUUCCAUGAGAAGUCAUUUGCUGCUAAAACCAAGAGAUGGUUAGAGGAGCAAGCUUAUAUUAAAAAUGUCAUUCUUAUUCUUGCACUUGUUGGUACCUGCAUGGUGAUUGGAGAUGGUAUUCUUACACCAGCUAUAUCUGUUUUAUCUGCUGUUGGCGGCAUCAAGGUUAAUCAUGCUGAUUUGAGUAACGGAGUAGUUGUGCUGGUUGCUGUUGUAAUAUUAAUUGGGUUAUUCAGCAUGCAACAUUAUGGCACAGAUAGAGUUGGUUGGCUCUUUGCUCCAAUUGUACUUCUUUGGUUUCUCCUAAUUGGAGGUAUAGGUAUAUUCAACAUCUGUAAAUAUGGCAGCAGCGUUCUGAAAGCUUUUUCACCUGUGUACAUAUACCGGUAUCUAAAACGAGGAGGUAAAGAAGGUUGGACUUCCCUUGGUGGAAUUUUGCUCAGCAUAACAGGGACAGAGGCUCUUUUUGCGGACCUAGCACACUUUCCAGUCUCUUCUGUACAGCUUGCAUUUACUCUGUUAGUGUUUCCUUGCCUUCUUUUAGCAUACUCUGGACAGGCUGCUUACCUUAUGCAUAACUUGGAGCAUUCAAGUGAUGCCUUUUAUCGUUCUAUUCCAGACAAAAUAUACUGGCCAGUAUUUGUUGUUGCGACAGCAGCAGCUAUAGUUGCAAGCCAGGCCACAAUAUCCGCAACCUUCUCAAUCAUUAAGCAGGCCAAUGCUCAUGGCUGUUUCCCAAGAAUAAAAGUUGUACAUACAUCAAGGAAGUUCCUUGGCCAGAUAUACAUUCCAGAUAUCAAUUGGAUCCUUAUGAUUCUAUGCAUUGCUGUUACUGCUGGGUUUAAAAACCAAAGUCAGAUUGGAAAUGCAUAUGGUACUGCUGUUGUGCUAGUUAUGUUGGUUACAACAUUGCUUAUGAUUUUAAUCAUGAUAUUAGUGUGGCGCUGCCAUUGGAUUCUGGUGGUGGUGUUCACUGGCUUAUCACUGAUUGUGGAAUGCACAUACUUCUCUGCUGUACUCUUCAAAGUUGAUCAAGGUGGAUGGGCUCCUCUUGCAAUUGCUGGAGCAUUUCUUGUAAUUAUGUAUGUUUGGCAUUAUGGCACAGUGAAACGCUAUGAGUUUGAAAUGCAUAGUAAGGUCUCAAUGGCAUGGAUUCUUGGGCUAGGACCAAGUUUAGGACUUGUUCGUGUCCCGGGAAUUGGAUUAGUAUACACAGAGCUUGCAAGUGGAGUACCACACAUCUUUUCUCACUUCAUCACAAACCUACCAGCCAUCCAUUCUGUUGUUGUAUUUGUGUGUGUGAAGUAUCUUCCUGUCUACACUGUCCCAGAAGAUGAGAGGUUCCUUGUGAAGCGGAUUGGACCUAAGAACUUCCACAUGUUUCGAUGCGUGGCGCGAUAUGGAUACAAAGAUUUGCACAAGAAAGAUGAUGAUUUUGAGAAGAAACUUUUUCAUAGCCUCUUUGUGUUUGUUAAGCUUGAGUCUAUGAUGGAGAGUUGCUCAGACUCAGAUGACUAUAGUUUAUAUGAAGAGGAAAAUGAGCACUCAAGAGUAGGCCUAUUGAACAAUAAUGUGAACACAGCUUCAUUGAAUAUGGAUCCAACAGUUUCAUCAGCAGAUUCAAUAGUAUCAGUUACAUCUCCAUCACACAUGAAUGCUGUUACCACUAUUCAAUCAUAUGGCCAUGUUAGCAGCCACACUGAGGUGGAUGAAGUUGAGUUUUUGAACAACUGUAGGGAUGCUGGGGUGGUUCACAUACUAGGAAACACAGUUGUCAGGGCCAGGAGGGAUUCAAGAUUCUACAAUAAGAUAGCUGUUGAUUAUAUAUAUGCAUUUCUUAGGAAAAUAUGCAGGGAACAUAGUGUGAUCUUCAACGUUCCUCAUGAGAGUCUCUUAAAUGUUGGUCAGGUUUUCUAUGUAUAGCCUUUCUCUCCCCCUUCUCUUGUGUGAGCAUUGAAUUAUUUGUAGGCACAUCAAUCGAAAGCAUGUAAAAAUAGUUAAUAAUAAUAAAAUCUGUAUUGAAAUCUGUUAAAAUUAAUUUAAUGUUAUUCAAAGGCUUUAAUUUGA